GCCCCGGGCGCGGGCGGAGGAGAGAAGGAGGGGUGAGCGCGGCGUCCAGCCCGCAGAAGCCGAGAGCAGCGCAGGAGGGAAGAGCGCCAGCUGCGAGCCCAGCCGAGCCGGAAGGAGACUGUCAUUUCCGAUUCCUGGGUGGAGGAAAACAAAAACACUCUGGUCUUGCUUCCAAUGAUGCAAGUGUGAUUGCUGGCGUCUUCAUGGGCUCCCGAGGUCACAGCACGCUACCGCGGACUCUCAUGGCCCCUCGGAUGAUUUCUGAGGGAGACAUAGGAGGCAUUGCUCAAAUCACCUCCUCCCUCUUCCUGGGCAGAGGCAGUGUAGCCUCCAACCGGCACCUCCUCCAGGCCCGCGGCAUCACCUGCAUUGUCAAUGCUACCAUCGAGAUCCCCAAUUUCAACUGGCCCCAAUUUGAAUAUGUUAAAGUGCCUCUGGCAGACAUGCCUCAUGCCCCCAUCGGACUGUACUUCGACACCGUGGCCGACAAAAUCCACAGUGUGAGCAGGAAACAUGGGGCCACCUUGGUGCACUGUGCCGCAGGGGUGAGCCGCUCGGCCACCCUCUGCAUUGCCUACCUGAUGAAGUUCCACAGCGUGUGCCUGCUGGAGGCGUACAACUGGGUGAAAGCCCGGAGGCCUGUCAUCAGGCCCAACGUGGGCUUCUGGAGGCAGCUGAUAGACUACGAGCGCCAGCUCUAUGGGAAGUCGACAGUUAAAAUGGUACAGACGCCUUACGGCAUAGUUCCAGACGUUUAUGAGAAGGAAUCCCGACACCUGAUGCCUUACUGGGGGAUUUAAGCCACCAAAGCCAUGCCUGCAUCAGCAGCCCCUCGGGCAGUACCAGCAUCUGCUACACACCGUCCGCUCCCCUCUUCACCUUUCUUUCCAAAUGGUUGACUCUCGGCUCGCCCUGAAGUGUUUUUUACACUGGGUACUCACGUUUAUUCUAAGAGAGGGGAGGAGGGGAGGAACGUAGGGGAACGCGUACAUUGCUAGUAACAUUUUUAAAACUAACUAACAUUUUGGAAUAGUGUUUAUGAAAAUCUUUAACUGGCUUUUAAUCAUUUUUAACAAUUUGAACAGUUUAAUAAACUGGUUCUGCUCUAUUCUCAAUCCCAUGCCUUCUGGCAUCAUGGGAGGAGCUCAGUGCAAAAAUCACUUUGGGUCCUGAUUAACCCUUUCGAUACAAGCUUUGCCCCAGGCUGCCGACCAAACAAAUGCUUAGGGAGGAUUGACACCGGCGUCAGUCUCUACCAGAUCAGCCCUCCUCUUUCCUUCUGAAUUUCUAUUUAGUGACUCUGUAAGUUAAAAACCAAGCCUUUAUUAGUUAGCUGUUAAGUAAUUAUAAUGAAAUCUGCUGCAAACACCCUCUUGGAAUCAGUGUGUCCCAGGACUAUUAGCAUUAUUUUUAAUAAAUAUACCUGCUUAUCA